AGUCUUGCAUGAUCAGUCAUCAAUGGCGAUGUUGUCAAAAACCAUUCUCCUAUAUUACCAAGCUGUAUGUAUGCUUUUAUUUACAGUUUACACAUAUAGAACUAGUAAUUAAUCAAUUAUGACCAAGUACAGCUGAAGCCUACCACCUACGCCUAUGGCUGUUCCAGCUUUUGCGAAACACAUUUCCUGUUUCUACGUUUUCAAUUCUCGAAAUUGCGUGCUCUUUGCUAAAGCAUACGGUUUCUUUCGGGGUUUAAGGAGUAAUUCAUUUGAUUCAUCAAAUAAUCAUGAUACUUUCUCAUGGAACACGAAAAUUACAUCUUGCUUUAAAACUGGUGAUAUUGACUCUGCACGUAAACUGUUCGAAGAAAUGCCGCAAAGAAAUGUGGUGACUUGGAAUUGUAUGAUAUCUGGGUUUGGUAAAAACCACAUGAUUGAUGAAGCAAGGCACAUUUUUAAUGUUAUGCCCACCAAGAAUCUUGUUUCAUGGACUGCAAUGUUAAGUGGGUAUAUUGAGUGUUCUAAGUUGGAAGAAGCUCGGGUUUUGUUCAAUCAAAUACACAAUAAAAUCAAAACCCAUGUUUGUUGGGAUAUAAUGUUAAAUGGGUAUAUAAAAUUUGGAAGAGUUGAUGAUGCUAGAAAAUUAUUUGAUCAAUGCAGUAAUCCUGAUGUUGGUCUUUACAAAAGAAUGUUGAGUGGUUAUGUUAAAGAGGGAUGUGUUAAAGAAGCAUAUGAGCUAUUCUCGAGCAUGCCGAGGCAUGAUCUAGCUUCAUGGACUUGUAUGAUAACUUGUUAUGCAAGAGCAGGUCUUAUAAAUGAGGCAAAAGCUAUGGUUGAUGAUAUUCCUUUCGAAAAAGACGCGCAAGCUUGGACUGCUAUUAUCCGCAGUUAUAUGCAAUGUGGUAUGGUUGAUGAAGGUUUGAAAACUUUCCACUCAAUGGCAAAUAAGGACAUUGUUGUAUGGAAUUGUGUGAUUGCUGGACUUGUUGAGAAUGGUAGAUUGAAAGAGGCUCUAGAAUUGUAUGGGAAGAUGUCAGAGAAGAAUAUCAUUUCAUCAAAUUCGAUACUAUAUGGGUUUGUCCGUGAGGGAGACAUGAUAAACGCGCUAAAUUUCUUCGUAAACAAUAUGAUUCUUAAAGAUACAGCUUCAUGGAAUACAUUGAUUUCAGGUUUUUCGACAUUGGAAGCUUUAAUCUGGUAUUCUCGGAUGAUAAGACAUAAAUUUAGGCCCGAUCAAACAACAUACACAACCAUAAUGUCUAUAUGUGGUGCACUUGCUCUGCACAGUUGGGGUAAAGCAAUCCAUCAACAAAUAAUCAAGGCGAGCUAUGUACAUGAUCUAUUGGUUUCGAGUUCACUUAUAUCUAUGUAUUCCAAAUGCGGGCUAAUAGACGAUGCAGAAACAUUGUUCAGGAGCAUGGAUUACCGAGAUACUGUGACUUGGAACACCAUGAUAGUGGCACAAGCCUACCAUGGAUCGGCAGGUAAAGCACUCGAGCUUCAUUCUUGUAUGAUCCAAACAGGCUGUAAACCUAACCACGUUACAUUUUUAGCCCUUUUAACUGCUUGUGCACACUGGGGUCUAGUUAAAGAGGGACAAAAUCAUUUCAAGUCUAUGGAAACCGAGCACAAUAUUACUCCGAUGCCUGAGCAUUAUGCUUGUAUGAUCGAUCUCUUUGGAAGAUCGGGCAUGUUAUAUGAGGCAUAUGAGUUACUUAAACAAUUGCCAUUGCAUAAUUUUCCAUCUUAUGGUUGGGAAACCUUACUAAACUAUUGUAAGUUACAUGGAAAUUUUGCACUUGGGGAGAUCGUUUCAGAAAAGAUUUUGAUAACUAAUCGUUUGAGUGCAGAGAUGAAUGUACUAGUAUCGAAUAUGUAUGCUGCGAAAGGAUUGUAUGAUGAAUCAGAAAACAUUAGAACAGAGAUGAAAGAAAGGGAUGUGAAGAAAGAAGUGGGUUGUAGUUGGAUAGAAUUAGGGGGAUCAGUCUGUAAAUUUGUGUAUAAUGACAAGUCUCAUCCAAAAACAGAGGAAAUUUACAGGGAAAUUGAGAAUCUUUCUGUCGUUAUCAAAAAAAUUGGUACAAUUAUAUGAAUGAUUAUAGAUUAUUGUUGCAUCA